AUGCCGAAGGUCACCGACAUUGCGAACGAGCUCAAGCAGGCCAUCGAUGCCAAGGACGAGGUCCAGAUCGCGUUCAUAGCGUCGGAAUACUCCGCAGAGUCGCGUGAAAAGAUUGCGAAGGCCUACGUUGCCUCCUACGGCAAGGAGCUCCCCGACGACAUCAAGAAGGCGCUCAAGGGCGGCUCCGAGGAGAGCCUCCUGAUGGAUCUCUUCAGCGAUCGUCACGAGGUCCGCGCCCAGCACAUCCGCGACGCGCUUUCCGGCAGGAACGACCACAUGGCCUUCUUCGACACAGUCAUUCUGUGCACCCCCGAAGACUGGCACGAGACCGUCGCCGCCUACACGAGGAUGUUCAAGAAGCCCCUCGUCGAGGACUUCAUGAAGGAUGUCGGCCGCAAGGAGGACUGGUGCCUGCUUAUGGAGAAGUGGAUGGCUCACGAGCGCGUCUCCCGCCCCGGCUCUCCGGAGGACGAGGCCCAGCGUCUGGAUCAGGCCUUCGACCAGAAGAAUACUGCUUAUCUCAUCGACUUCUUCGGCACCGUCCCGAGUGCGGAGUACAGGCCCAUCGCCGAGGCUUUCAAGGCCCAGAACGGCAAGAGCAUCGAGCAGGCUAUCGCCACCAUCUACACGAAGACGGACUACUAUACUUUCUACUGCGCCCACUUCGCCCUCCUCGGCAUGCACAGGCUUGCGGCAUACCUGAUCAACUGCGCCUGCAAUGACAAGGGCGACGAGAAGCGCAUGAGGAGGAUCACGGGCAUGAUGGUCGACAAGUGCCUCGGGGCGAAGCACGCCUACAAGAUCUACGGUGACAUGGGCACAGACAUCGAGAGAUGCUUCGACAAGCGCAUGGCCCCAAUCCUUCGCACCCUCUGGCGCGUGAAGUAG